GGUUGCUCAAAGGACCGCCUCUAGUUUACCAGCCGGUUAAAUGUUUUAAUCUUUCUUUCUAUUCUGUAAUUACAGAAUCUGUCCGUGUCACUUCACCGUUGUGAAAAUUACUCAACAUGUCUGAUUUACAUUUAACUUUCGAUAUAUCGGAUGACGUGGUCGGGAAGAAGGAAUAGGCUAUAUGUUUACAGACCAUCAGAUGACUGUAUUUCACUAUUUGUACAGGUGUGUUACCUGUAGCGCCCUCGAGAAAGGGGCAGUGUUUAACUUCCUCUCUCGAUGUACCACAUAUUCCGGCACAAUUAUAUGCUAAUGAGAUGUAGCCUAUCCAGCAGAAGGGAAUAUUGGUGAUUAAAAACAUCCCUGACAACUUCCCAUGUUGUCGCGCUUGUUUAUUCUACGUUUGGAAAUUUGCCAGCCUACAUUUAAAGCUGCUUGCUGUCACUCAAGUAGCCUAGUGCUCUUCGUUCAGUGGCAAUAGUCCAUGGAGUCCACCUAAACAGGAGCACAGGGUGUCCAGAUCAUAAAGAAGUGACUCUUAUUUCAAUUUCAGUGGUUCCUUGCGCACGGCUUUCACCACUAGAGCGGGGGCAUUGACGCAUUUUGGAGUCGACGGGUAACACUGCCAACCCGGCUGCGCUACAGACGCAUCCAUGAGCGAAACCGCGAUGGCCGUGGUGCAGCUCGAGACCGAGGACCAUCAACCGGAGAACGGCUUCGUGUCCCCCGAAACAGAGUCGCCGGGAUUGCUCACACGCAUCGACGAUUGUGUCUUGCCUUUUCUUGGGGGAUUUGGGAAGUAUCAGAGACAGCUAAUCGUGCUAACAUGGAUUCCGGCGUUAUUUAUUGGAUUCAGCCAGUACUCUGACGAAUUCCUUCUUGCCCAACCGAACAAUACAUGUGUUCCGCCAGCUGCAAAUACGACUAAUUUUACUAUAAUUCCUUCCUCUUUAUUUCAUGGUCCAAACAAUAGUUUCCCACGAACAGCGGCGUACGUUUAUUACAAUGGCACCCACAAUAAUACAGCCAGGCAGCUGCAACAUUGUAUGUGCAAGGAGUGGACGUUUGAGCUGCAUACGGGACUAAUGCAGAAUGUGGUUACUAAGUGGAGUCUGGUGUGUGACUCGGCGUGGAAGGUCCAUAUCGCUAAGUUCUCUCUGCUGGUGGGAUCCAUAUUCGGAUACCUGGUCUUUGGGGUCCUGGCAGACUGGUUUGGUCGCCACCCGGUCCUAAUAAUCUCGGUCCUGUUCAUGCUGGUGUUUGGUCUGACCGUGGCCUUCUCUGUCAACGUUCCCAUGUUCAGCACCCUGCGCUUCUUCGAGGGCUUCUGCUUGGCAGGCAUCGCCCUCUCCCUCUACAUCCUCAGGAUUGAGCUGUGCCUACCAGCCUGGCGUUUCUCCAUGACCAUGGUUGCCAGCUUCGUGGUGCUGGGCGGGCAGCUCCUGAUGCCAGGGAUGGCAUACCUCUGUCGAGACUGGCAGGUUCUGCAGGCUGUCAUCAUCUGCCCUCUUCUCCUCAUGCUGGCUUAUAUCUGGAUCUUUCCCGAGUCUCUGCGGUGGCUGCUGGCCACUCAACAGUACGGCCGCUCCAAGUGGAUCAUGGGACAUAUCAUCAAGAAGAACCAGGUCAACCCCGAGCUGGACACUGACCACAUCCUUACAGAGCUGCAGAACGCUCUUCACAAGAAACCAAAAAAGACAUGUAUCGUAAAGAUGGUGGGGACAAGGAACCUGUGGAAAAACAUUGUGGUCCUCUGUGUGAACUCACUGACGGGCUAUGGCAUCCACCACUGCUUUGCCCGCAGUAUGAUGGACCACCACGAGACCCACGAGUCCCCCAUGUUCCACAACUUCUACGCUGACUACUACACCAUGGCGGGCAUCGCCGUGGCUUCAUGCAUGGCACUGUGCCCGGCGGUGGGCCUGAUGGGGAGGAGGGGAGGCCUGCUCAUGUUCAUGAUCAUCACUGCGCUGGCAUCACUGCUGCAGCUUGGCCUGCUCAACUUGCUGGGGAAAUACAGUGUCCAUCUGAAUAUAGAGAGCUCGGAUACACUUAAUAAGAACUUCUCCAUCGCCUUUUCCAUCAUCGGCAUGUUCUCCUCCCACGCUGUCAGCAACCUGAGCAUCUUCUUCUGCGCUGAGAUCACCCCCACCGUCAUCAGGGGUGGUGGUCUGGGCCUGGUACUAGCCAGCGCUGGCUUCGGCAUGCUGACCGCCCCCAUCAUGGAGCUGCACAAUCAGAAGGGCUACUUCCUCCACCACAUCAUCUUCGCCUGCUGCACCCUCAUCUGCAUCAUCUGCAUUCUCCUCCUCCCCGAGACGCGCUACCAGCCCCUGCCCGAGACCCUGGCCGAUGGGGAGUGUUACACCCGCCAACCCCUGUUGCCCCCCAGGAAGCCUGGCGAACAGCGCCUCCUCCUGGCCCAGUCGGAGAGCAGCAGGGACUACACCCGGGUCCACGACACACCAAUGCAUGAGGCGGCCGCCACCACCGUCUUCACCAUGGAGUCCACGGCAUCCUCCGCUGUUGACCUCACGGCACCGUCGUUUAUAGAUAUUUUGCCGCACCCCGCCACAGAGUUGACGUCAUUCCAGCCUGAGCCUGAUCCUGAUAGCGUGCCCCUGGUUAAGAAAGACCUCAAUGGGCGAUCCGUUACGCCCCCAUCUGGUACUCCCAUGGCGGCCCUAGAUAAGGCAGGCGUUGUACUGCCUAGUAAAGAGCACCUGUUAUCUUCCACACCUAGAAAUAGUGCCCUCACUCCCUCCAAUCCCCUUCUGCCUCCCUCCAUUCCCCCUGUCAUAGAAACUCCUUGUACCUUGGUCUCUACCUCUCACCCUGUAAUUGUCCCUAUCCCCCCUUCUCCAACACCCUCCCCUAAUGUCAAUGACAUUGUUCCCCUUCCCCCCAUGGCGGACUGUACCACUCCUAUUGAUUCUACUGACCCCAUCACCACAGAUUCGAUCAUUCCCAUUCUAAUAGACUCUGUAGAUGCCAAACUCCCCCCUCCUCCUACCCAUAAUUCAGACUGUAACAUUCCCCCUGUCACAGACUCUGUCCAUACUCCAGAGUUGGACUCUUCAUGUGUUAAGGAUGUUGUUGUCUCUCCCUCUUCCCCUGUCGUAGCUCAUUCCCCUGUUCAUUACCCCACCCCCUUACCACCACCACUGCCACCCAUUGACUCAGUUCAUAUCCCAACAACAGUGGACUCUUCCCCUCCCCCUGUCAUAGACACUGUUCACCCCCUCACUGUGGACUCUACCACUCUCCCCAUCACAGACAUUUUUCAACCCCUUACAUUGGACUCUACCACUCCGCUUUUCAAAGACUCACUUCUCCCCAACAUAACAGACUCUGAGACCACAGAGGCUGCCCCUGCUUCCACAAUAAUGGACUGCACCAUCUCCUCCCCAAUAGACUCAGGUAUCCUCCCAGUAAUGGAUUGUGCCAUCUCAGAAAACAGCGCUGUCAACGGGGUGGUGUCUUCAUGAUCCAAGGCUCCACCUGUGGAACAAGGAGGUGGGCCCCUCCCUCAUGGAGGAAGAAGCCCUGGACACCCAUGUCACCUGACAGGGGUCACUAACUGGCCUAUCAGGCCUCAGACAUUUCAGCUGCUCUGUAGGGAGACUGCCAGCGACAGACAGGAGGGUAACAGCUUGAGCUAGGGCCAAGUUUUUUUCUGUCAUACAUCUUACUGGGAACAGCCAGAGAACAGGACAGGGGGACCGGUUGUGGUGACAGUGAUGAGUGGUUAGGGACAGUUCGAAAUUUACUGGCAGGGUAACGCGUUUUUUCCCCCAGGUUUACAUUCACCUAUUUUCAGGUUUCACUAUAUAAUUUCUUCCAUUCUAGACAUAUUUCCUCAUCUGCUUGCAUGCACCUCCCCUAUAUCAAGGUGUUUUGGAGGUUCCAUUAUGCACUGCACUUUUCCAAACACUAACUAUACCACAUGCCAAUAUAGUCUACCAGUCUAACUGUCUAUCCACCAUUCAUAGUGACAAUGGUGGUAGGUGGAUAGUUGGUCCAGAUCUGCAAUAACUAGCGAUCAUACCACACAUAAUAUCAUUCAAAGCUGCACCAAUAUAAGCAGAGACCAGGUGCGUCAUUGCGGAUGAAAUAACAGUGAAGACAUGAGACAUGCAGCUCAAAAAUCUCCCCUAUACUGUAAAUCUUGUUUAUGGACUAUACAAUUAUCCUACCUAGACUAGCUAAAACACAUUAUUGCUUUCAAGUCAGUACAUUUUACUCUAGGCUAUGAACUGCAGUGAAAAUGUCAUUUGAUUAACAUUUCAUUCCAUUCAUUCCAUUUAGCUCAGUUGUUGGUCUACUCUUGACAGUUUAUAAGAUCUAGAACAAGGGUCUCAAACAGGUCCAGUAGCUCGCAGCCCACCUAUGAGUAGCUCGCAGCCCACCUAUGAGUAGCUCGCAGCCCACCUAUGAGUAGCUCGCAGCCCACCUAUGAGUAGCUCGCAGCCUACCUACGAGUAGCUCGCCAAACAAUUCUGAAAGUACAUGCAAUUUUCACAUGGUCCACUGCAAACUGUCAUAAACAACUCUCUCAAGUAUCAGACACCGCAGCUUCCCAGCUACUAUCUAAUCAAUGCAACGUUGGCAUUAUCCCACGCCUGGUUAGCCACUAUUGGCCUAAAAAGCCAAACGUAACACAAUAUCUGCCAAUCAAUUUUCCAGCAAUAUUGCCCCGGUCUGUCUGUGUGAUGCACGCGUUUGUCUAUCACUUCAUGUGGAGCCAGUUGAUGUGAGAACUGUCUUGUGGGUUUCCCCAAAGCCUUCUCAAUCAAAUGUUCACUGCAAAGUAGGCUUACCUGGCAGAAGUAUAUCGUGAGUAAGUAUAUCAUGUGUGUCUAUACUGAACAAAAAUAUAAAUGCAACAUGCAACCAUUUCAAAGAUUUUACUGAGUUACAGUUCAUAUAAGAAAAUCAGUCAAUUUAAAUAAAUUCAUUAAGCCCUAAUCUUUGGAUUUCACAUGAAUGGGAAUACAGAUAUGCAUCGGUUGGUCACAGAUACAUUUUUUUUUUAAGUAGGGGCGUGUAUCAGAGAACUAGUCAUUAUCUGGUGUGACCACCAUUUACAUCAUGCAGCGCGACAUCUCCUUCACAUAGAGUUAAUCAGGCUGUUGAUUGUGGCCUGUGGAAUGUUGUCCAACUCCUCUUCAAUGGCUGUGCAAGGUUACUGGAUAUUGUCGGGAACUGUAACACGCUGUCGUACGCUUCGAUCCAGAGCAUCCCAAACAUGCUCAGUGAGUGACAUGUCUGGUGAGUAUGCAGGCCAUGGAAGAACUGGGACAUUUUCAGCUUCCAGGAAUUGUGCACAGAUCCUUGCGACAUGGGGCCAAGAAUUAUCAUGCUGAAACAUGAGGUGAUGGCGGCGGAUGAAUGGCACCACAAUGGGCCUCAGGAUCUCGUCACGGUAUCUCUGUGCAUUCAAAUUGCCAUUGAUAAAAUGCAAUUGUGUUCGUUAUCCGUGGCUUAUGCCUGCCCAUACCAUAACCCACCGCCACCAUGGGGCACUCAGUUGUAAGGCCUCUUGGACGUACAGCCAAAUUCUCUAAAACGAUGUUGGAAGUGGCUUAUGGUAGAGAAAUUAACAUUCAAUUCUCUGGUAACAGGUCUGGUGGAAAUUCCUGCGGUCAGUAUGCCAAUUGCUCGCUCCCUCAAAACUUGAGACAUCUGUGGCAUUGUGUUGUGUGACAAAGCUGCACAUUUUAGAGUGGCCUUUUAUUAUCCCCAGCACAAGGUACACCUGUGUAAUGAUUUUGCUGUUUAAUCAGCUUCUUGAUAUGCCAAACCUGUCAGGUCGAUGGAUUAUCUUUGCAAAUGAGAAAUGCUCACUUACAGGGAAGUAAACAAAUUUGUGGAUAACAUUUUAGAGAAAUAAGCUUUUUGUUCGUAUGGAAAUGUCUGGGAUCUUUUAUUUCAGCUCAUGAAACAUGGAAACAACAAUUUAUGCAUUCAUAAACUUCAUAAACUUCGCCAUGAAAUGAGUAGCAGCAGUACAGAACCAUCGCUAGACCGGCACAUUAGACGGUACAUUCCUCACUUGUGCAAUUAAAGGGCCAGAUGUGAAACUAAAGGGCAAUUACACUCAAAGAUCAAUUUGUUAGUUUUUUCCAGACCUAAAAAAAAUAUAUAUUCUGAUGUGACUUUAAGCAUGAACAUGGACUCAGAACAUCCAAUUUUGUUGUUUCUUUAUGAACUAUUGUAAUUUUGACUUUUAAAUUGUUUUAAUCUAAACCCACAAUUUAUUUUUUACUGAGAAUGUAAUUUGGGAAAAUAUUCAACAUAUUUGGGGAAUUUAUUAUUUAUUCAUUUUAAUUAAAAUUAUUUUUUAAGGGCCCCCUUUAGAGUUGUUCAUUAACCAUUAUUUUACCAGGUAUAUUCACAGAAAACAUUAUCUUGUACACUAAGGACCUGGCGAUUAAUUGCAGGGGAGAGGAGAAAAGGAAGAAUGUGCCUACCUGAAAGCUUGAAAAAAUGUGUAACUCGAGACGCAUUACAUUUUUAAGCUUUUCAUGCUAGAAAAGGUUGGAGACCCCUGGUCUAGAAAUACACAGUAGCAGGCCAUUCUGGCUUUAUUUUAAGUUCUGAUACAGAGAUGCGCUGUCUGUUGCGGAUCAUCAUUCUCCUAAGUCGUGCUAUAAUAAUGUGGUCACAUAUGCUCCCAGCAGGCCCAGUUGUUCAGGAAGCGUCAUUCGUGCUCUGCCUCCUCUCCGAUCCGAGCAGCUAUUCCUCGCGCACCUGGAACCUAACACUUCAAUAUAGCCUAAAUAUUUGUCAUUUAACUUUUAAAAUGGAUUACCUUUUAUGUGUGGCAUAAACACAACCAGUCACAAUAUUUGAAUCUGAUUAAGCUACUUCAAAAGUCUCCUGUAGGCUACCUGCGUACAUUUGUCCAACAUUUUAUUCAGGCAUCCAAACUGUCCAGAUUGUGGUGUUGAAAACGCAAACCAUGAUGUUGAAGCAGCCAAAGUCAGUAUGCUUUGCUUAUUGGUUGUUGUCCAUUGGCACAGAGACUUGUUGGUGGAAAAUUUGUUGCAUAUAUUUUAUAUAAUUAUAAACCGGGUGGUUGGAGCCCUGAAUGCUGAUUGGCUGAAAGUCGUGGGUAAGACAAUAAAAAAUAUUUGUACUGUUCUAAUUACGCUGGUAACCAGUUUAUAAUAGCAAUAAGGCACCUCAGGGUUUGUGGUAUAUGGCCAAUAUAUCGUGGCUAAUGGCUGUAUUGAGGCAUUCCGCAUUGCGUUGUGCAUAAGAACAGCCCUUAGCCGUGGUAUUUUGGCCAUAUACCACACCCCCUCGAACCUUAUUGCUUAAAUAUGGCAUCAACAUUUUGAAAAUCUGAUUUCCACCUAGCUGAUCAUUGUCUGCAGCUUGCUCUGAUUGUGGUGUAGGUCUAAUGAAACAGGCCGGGAGCGUUAGCUCUGUCCAUGGUGGUCGGCGAACUCUCAACCUUCUGGCCUAUAGCCCUGCGUUGUAUCGACUGUGCCACAAAAGCAUGAUGAAGUGGAAAAGUCACAUUUAGAGACACAGGGUCUCUCUCUAUAUAUAUAUAGUUAGUUAUUUGUGGUUGCAAACAUUAUUUAGAGUUAAUUCUAUGAGGGGGGACGGUGUGGAAUUAUUUUUUACAAUACAAGGGGAGUGUUGUGUGAAAAUAUUUUUUACUUUGACGAUGGGGGGUGCCAUAUUUUUAGGACACCUCGAAAAAGUUGAACUGUCCCUUACUCAGCCACAGUCUGAAACUGUCAAUAAUUAGGACGUCGUCAGCGUGUGACAUUGUUGUUGUUGGGGGAAUCUGAAUGUCAUUUUAGACUGAGAGACUACCAGCCAAAACUCCAUUUAGAAUCCUUUAUCCCCAAGGUUAGUUGGAGAUUCCAUAAAUACCACAACAACAAAAAACAUUUGACUGUACAUUUGGCUCAACUGCAGACUUAGAUAUAUGUCCAAUGUGUUUGAUGAUGUACAAUUGCCUUAUGUAGAAAAAAAUACUUCAAGUAUACAAAGCAGAUUUUUGAAUGUCAACAGUGCCAGAUUUCUCUUAAUUGUUCUUGUUGUCACUGAAAUUAGUACUCAGAAACCAAUUGGAAUCUGUGUAGGGAAAAGAGCAAUUUGCCAAACAUGAAAAACCAAAAGUAAAUUUUGCUGCCCGAAUGAACUGCCAAUCAAAGGGCCAAUCAAAGGGCAAUAAAGACAAGUAUUCAAGGUAUUUUGAUGUAUUAGACAAUGAGUUAAAAUCACAAGUGAAACAUCUCAAGACUUCAGUCCUUAAUGUAAUACAAGCAUGUCUGUAUGAAACGUUAGAGAGAAGGAGAGAGUGACUUGAACUGAAGAGGCAUGCUCCAAAGUUAAAAAGACAAUAGACUGUUUAUGUCUGAAAUGAUAGUAGAAAAGGAGAGCUUUACCAGUGAUGUGGUUUAAGUGAGUGGUCAGUUGGUCCUGUAGGGCUAUGUUGUGAUUAUUGACGGUGUGGUCCUGAAAGUGAAACAUUUUCGUUUUUUUUAUUAUUUCCCUGUUUCAUGGGACUGAAGCGUCAUCUUUUUAUUGUUCCACUCUUUUCAUAAAUGAAAUGAAUUGUACUGUAUGCAAUGGAUCUUGUAAACGUGAUAUUGUAGAUAAAAUUGCAUACUUAAUGUUGUUGUGCUACUGAUGUUGAGCUUGAUUACAAAAAAAAGAAAAAAGAUUUCCACUAUAAUCUCAAGGGGCGUGUCCUUAGUGUAUACAGCUAAUCGGCACUGUCACCAUUAUUUGUGUGAAUGUAAGUGGCACUUUAUCCUUUGCUAAGGGGACAGAGCAUGUAAACAAAAAUGUAACUUUUCCACGAAACAAAGAAGUGAUGUUCAAAUGUUACCUAAAAAAGGCACAAGAGCUAUCGCUCUGAAAUGGACACAUGAAUGACAAAAGUAUUUUGUCAAAUAUAUCUGUCAUUGCCACCAUCUUGUGUGUAUUGUGUAUGUGUCAUUUGCAUAUUUGUUGUAGUAAAAAUAUUUUUGGUAUAUUCCCUAGAAAAAUGUACCUGAAAAUAUUUUCAUUUCACAAAAGUAUGCAAAAAUGAUAUUUUUGAGAUAUUGACUAAAAUUCUGCUACAUUUUGAAAUGUAGGCUUACCCCUCUGUUUUUGUUGGGUUUUUACUUCAAAAUAUUAACAAUCAUUAACAUUAAGUACUUAUUUCAUUGUAAUCAAUACAGACAUGAUAGAGAAAUGCUGUGAUCUCUUGACUGUAAAAAACAACCAACAUCUUUGAUUAUUUUUAUUAAAAUUGAAAUAUAUGAGGAGCUUUCUUCUUCUUUUUAAAACCCAAAUGGCUAGUGUCAACAUCAUGCUUUACCAACAUCUGUGAUUGACUGACUGUUGACAAUAGUACAUACCCGACAAACAAAAUGGUGGCUGUCAGUUCACUAAUAAGGCUACUACAUCCAAUUGUGCAGAGAUCUGUGUCAAUUGGCCACUGUUUACAAAUACAACAUCACUAAUUUAUUGUAAAGCUUCUUUUCGAAUCUCAUUGAUUGAUGUCAAAUACCAUGGAGUCCACAUUCUUAUAUAGUGUGUUUAUUACUAUGUAUUUAACCAGGAAAAUACAAUGGCUUUGGAGGUGUCCAAAGUGUUGUGUAUGAUGCAAUAGCAGCCAAUAUGAUCACUCUACUGUACACUAAUCAUACAGUAGUCAUCACAACACAUAUUGUCAUAUAUUUCUAUGGAUGUAUAAAAUAACUAUGUAAAUACUAAACGUGUAACAACAUACUUUAUGUUAAUUCUCUGGUUAUUUCCUUGUAAAUAAGCACACUGUUUUCCUGGUAAAUAAGAUAUUAUUUUCUUGUGAGAUUAAUUCCUAAUACUACAUCCACCCUGUUCACAAGACUCAAGCAUGAUGCAGAAAGGAUAUGUGAAACAAGUUAAACUUCAGCACACCCCUAUAUGGGCCUAUUCACUUCUUUAAUCUCCAAUACACCCUAGGCCUCAAAGCACAAUGUAUCCUGGUGUCCUGCCAACUCAGAGUAGUUAACUCAGGAGUAAAGUUUCCCCUAGUUACAGAUCUAGGAUCAGCUUCCCCUCACCCGAUCCUAAACUUAACCAUUGGUUGGGAAAAUGCAAAACUGACCCAAGAUCAGUGUCUAGGGGCAACUUCACCCCAGUCUGAUUAGCUCGUUUGGCUAGCAGUGAUGUGAGGAGGCUGCUGUUGUGAACACAGUCUGUCUGAGCACUCUAUCACUUCAAUAACAGAUUCAACAUUUUGUUUUUGUACAAUACAAUACACUUACUUUACUGUACAUUCUGUCACUGUACUGUCUAUUCACACUGGAACAACAAAAUAGGUCAAUCUUACAGAUGUUAAAGAGGAUAUUGUCUGCAGCUGUAGAUACAGUGGUUCUCACCCCCAAUUUCCUGAAAUGCAACCUCACCACCUCAUUGUUUAGCUGAUACACACAUGCACUGACACACACAGAAACAAAUGGUGUAACCUCACCAGUAAAAUUACAUUUCCAUUUUUGAUUUGAAUUCUGGUCAUUUAGCAGAUACUCUUAUCUUCAAAUGUCACAAUACAACACAUUGCAACCUUACAUUACAGUCUCAGAUUUCAUAUGUAAUAACAAAGUCAGCACCAGGCGCUAGUGUAUGGUAAGAGUUGGGUGAUGGCUUGGAGAGUGGCUAUAGUAAAACAGUAAAAGUAGAUAGACCAUAGAAUACAUUCAGGUAAAGAUGAUUUUCUCUAGGUUCAUAAGUUGUGCCAUCAUACAGUGGUUUGGAAAGGGUUUUCAACUGAAUAAAUCAGGUUUUCAACUGAUCAAAUCUUCACUCAUCCUACAUGCAACCAAACAUCUAUAUUGGUGAAAUGAAAAAUGACCCCGGUAUGGCGCAGAGUUUCUGUUGGUGCAAGAUUUGAAUGAAUGAAUGUAAAAAUCACAGACUGUACCAGUUAAAUUUUUAUUUGGGGAUUUUGAAUAAUGCACUUGUAUAUAAGCCAUGUGACGUUGUAAUAAACUUCACUAUUUAUUAAUGAA